UCCCUUUGUUUUACCAGUAUCUCUGUGCUCAUAUUGUACCAUGAUUUCAUGGAUCAUACUUUAAAUCUAUGCUCUGUAGCAGAAUCACUCAACUAAAUGUGAACCUCCGAGAGCUCACUUGAAUUUAAGACCGGUCAAAAUAAUAUUUCAACUAAAUCUGAUUUUUUCGUUUGGCCUAAUGAGUUUUCCACAAAACAACAGAAUAAUCUCCUGACAGAAAAAUGUUUCCUUUUUCCUGAUGACUGCUCUCACGUUUAGCCCGUUGAAAACUUUUAACAUGAAACAGCAACAUAGCAGCAAAUAUAUAUGGUUUGCAGUGGCAGUGAAUGAAAACCGUUAUGAUACAGUUUAAAGAAAGUGAACAUUAUAUAGUGAGGCUUUAACCAGUGUGAUUCACUUGCAUUGGAUUACAUGCCUCCAUCAUUAUCUGUGAAACCUUUGGGCUUAGAUAGACAAUCUGAAACAAGCACCACCAAUAAAAUCUAGUGUGCUGAAGGAAUGUGAAUACACUGAGAGGCUGAUCAAAUCAGGAUUACUCAUCAGUCAUUUACCCCAGUUGGUGCUUUCUGGCUUGUCUCGGUUUUUUGAUUCAAAAUCUACCUCAAGUGUUUGCAGUAAACCUUCUCUAAGCAUUUCCCUCUCGAGGUUUUCGCUGCACAAAAAGUGUGAUAGUGUGACUCUCGUGGCUUUACGUGCAUGACACCAGUGUUUAAACAGAGUGACAUUAGCGCUGACCCAUUGCCUAGGCUAAGGGUAAUCCACAGUUAAUUGGCACCUAGUGGAGGUCAGCGGGUCGGCUGUAAAGCCCAUUGGCACGUAUGUUGUCAAACAUUGUCUUGUUGCUGUCAAAGGUUGUGACUUACAAGUCAAAAGAGCAUCGUAAAGUGCCCCGAUUAAGAUGCGGUGAUGGGAAUUAAGUCCCCGCGUACAGCUUGUUAAAUCUCUGUGUACAGUGGAGCUGUUUUACCAGCUCCAAGCACACACAUGACACAUUAAACACAUCUAGUCUGUGCGUAUUUACAAAGAUUAAACUCGGAGGCAGGGAUUAAAAACGAUUGAUGGACUUUUUCUUUAUUUUAUGCCACUAUGUUGUAUUCACUUUAUUUUGGUCUGUACAUUCUUAUGUUUUCUGUUUCUGUUUUUUUUAUUUUACUUUUUUGUUUUUGCUAUCUGAAUUUAAAUCAUUCGAUGUUUUUAUUUACUUUGAUUUAUUUAUUUGAACUUCUCUUGUUAGACCUUGGCUCUGUUUUCCUUUCAAUCUCUCCAUCCCCAUCUUUUCUGAUGAAUGAUUCAGACGUCUUUCUGCCAGAGGCAUCAGGUAAAACCAGUCCGCCCCAAUAAUCUAAAUGAAACCUUGUUUGAAGAACUCGAAGCAUUCAUCAGCUGCUGUUUUGCAUGGUAUUUAUGUUCAGUUUUAGUUUCUCCUUAUGUAAACCUCAAAGUGCUUCAGAAGCAUGUGUGUGUGACUUUUAAUUGUCAGGACAUGUUCUCAUGCAUGUCUGAAAUCCGGGUUUGAUACAUUCUAAUUGAACGGUGUGCCUGGUGUUUCUUAAGAACACAAAAACAAAAACAAAAAUUGACAUGUUUUAAGCUCAUUUUGAGCUACAGUAGAUUCAUGUAACUGGUCUUAAUUUUAUGAUUUCUAUAUUGGUUUUGAUCUGGCAAAUUCCCACAAACUGUAAUAAAAAUACAGCUAACAUUAAAUUUGAGUAUUAUAUAACUGUGCAGCUAUAAGAAGUUUUGUCUAUCUGUUGUGAAAUGUGUGUUUUUAAAGCAACCUGAGGAAAACGGAGAUCUAAGCAGGACACAACACCAGAGGUUAUUAAUGUGCUUCAUUAGUAUGAGACCUAACAGCAGAAUGAGUGAAUCCGUCAGGGAGAACCGACAGGAAACAGUUUGACUCUAUGAUUUGCUGCUAUAUGACUUCAUGUCUCAAGGGUUGCUCUCUAUACUCUGCUUUGUCAUGUUUAUCGCCUCUGUCAAUCGCAUCACCUCCUUCAGUCGAGACGGUGCCACAACGGGAGCUCUCCCCUCCCCUGGCAGAGAGCCAGCAAUCCAAAGAUGUCUCCUCUUUCUCCUCAACCACGUCCUCUCCGUGGGACUCACCGGAAAACGCUUUCCAAGCAAGCAAACCCGUACCGGCGCGGGCCCAGAGCGCCCCCAUCACCCUGCCGACUGAGACGGUGGACCCCACCAGAAGCCCGGCCGCCGCCGGCCCUCCAAAGAGCGUCGACGCCUUCUCCUCCGUGUCCUGGUCCCAGAGCCAGUGGAUCGCUUUCAGUGAUGGCUUCGCUCCGCCUCGCCACCAGGGAUCAGGGCCGUGCGUGAAGGAGCUCCAGAGGCCUCCGCCGGGCUCUGGCAGGGCAAGCCGCUUCCUCUCUGAUGACUCUGCAGACACCUACUGCAAAGCAGCGGGCAGCAGAGAGGACGGCAACUCCUGCUUCACAGAUGUCUUCACUGGGAUUACAGAUAGGGCGAUGGGUGCAUCUCCACCAAGCAAAGUAUUCAAUGGUAACAUUACUACUAAUGUCAGAGCGUGCUUCAUGCCUGAGUUUGGAGUUUGAACUAAAUAUUUUAUAUUGCUUUUGCUUUGAUUUUUAUUAUUAUUUGUUUUUACUAUUUGUUGUUAUAUUUUUUUGCAUUAGGUUCCUAUUUGAAUGUUUUUUGUUGUAUUUUUCUUUAUUUAAUUGUAUGGACAUGUGUUUAUCCAACUCACUGCCUGUUUUGUAACCGAUUUGUUUUGUCUGUGAUUUUACUUUUGUGAAAUUUAUUUUGGAAUGUGUUUGUGAUUCCUGUGUUCAUUAUUUUUUUUUUUUACGCUUUGCUGUUAAUAUUUACAAAUACG